CUUACAGCUAGACGGACAGUUGAAAGCUUCGGGCGUAGAUAAAUUGUUGACGUUUUGUUUUGAUCGCUUUCGUCUGGAUCUUUGGACAUUACGCCGAAAUUAUCCGCUGAUUUAAAAGCCCGCCUUUCGACUCUUAUCAUCACGCCUCAGUGCGGGGAUCCAGCAAAGAUGAAAUGGAUGUUUAAAGAGGACCAUUCCCUCGAGCACCGAUGUGUGGAGUCAGCCAAAAUAUGCAACAAAUAUCCGGACAGAGUACCGGUGAUAGUGGAGAAGGUGUCUGGCUCUCAGAUAGUGGACAUUGAUAAGAGGAAGUACCUGGUGCCCUCUGACAUCACAGUGGCGCAGUUCAUGUGGAUCAUCAGGAAACGUAUCCAGCUGCCUUCAGAGAAAGCCAUCUUCCUCUUUGUUGACAAAACUGUCCCCCAAUCCAGUCUGACUAUGGGCCAGCUGUAUGACAAGGAGAAGGACGAGGACGGCUUUCUGUACGUGGCCUACAGUGGAGAGAACACCUUUGGCUACAAGGCCUUUUAUACAACACGGGGUUAAAGCUUCACUGAAUACCAGUCUCUCUCUCUCUCACACACACACACACACACACACACACACACACACACACACACACACACACACACACACACACACAGUAGGGCCAGACAUACUGAUGCACAAUGUUUCAAACAUAAGCCUUUUCAUGUAUUACAUAAGUAAUGCACCUUCACACUUGGCAAAGUUAUUUAUGGUCAAUUUUUGAUACUAGAAAAUACACAUUUUAUGGUGAAAAUUAAACACCGAAAUGCUACAAUAAACAAACAAGUAACUAACUUGUUCUCAUUUUUUUUGACAGGCUCAGAUGAUCAUCAGUGUCAAAAAUGAUUGACAUUAAUGGUUGGUCUUUUGCCCUGAUCACUGUUUAAAGGACAGUUGUGGAGAUAAAUAUCUUUAACACUGCCGUAAAAAAAGAAAGAAAGUAAAAACAAUGCACCUUGUAGGCACGUCAGAUAUCUUUAACUUUCCAGUCCAGCUUUGUUGUUACAGAUAUUUGUGUUCAGCUGAGGUGAGAAAGAAACACUAGAAUCAUUAACCACAUUAUGGAUGUACUUGUAAGACUGAUCGUAUCAUGUAUAAAAACUUCAGUAUAUAACUUGAAUGCCACAGCGCUACGAUAGGCUAAGAGACCAACUAUAAGCAUGCAAAAGAAGGCAGCUGAUGCUUUUGAGACGGUGAAUGAAGGCGGAUGACUUUACUCUGCUAGAAGGGAGUGUAAAGUGUAUCCAGCUCAGGGCCAGGGACCAACAGCAGCCCCUGGCUCUUAUGUGGCUCUUGUGUAUUUACACAUUAUGUCGGAUGUCAGCACCAACAGAGAUUCAGACUCAUGAUGCCAACAGCAAGCCAUGAACCUCAUGACCUGCUGAAGAAAUCAACACUUUACUUGAAGAAUUGUGAUUUUUGUAUGUUCUCAUCACAGAGCAACUAUCUGAAAAUGAUAACAACUUAAAAGGAAAACUUACUACGUUCCUCUUCUUAUAUUCUGCACUUUACCUGUUCUGCCUCAUCCUGCAUAGUCUAGCUCUACAUCAGUUAGAGAUGUCCUACACUCCUUGGACAACCUUUAGACAUUUUGACAAACACAGCUGUAACUAAUAAUAAUAAUGGCAGUAUUUAGGUGUCUAGGUAUUUAGGUAUUUAGGCUCAGCACCAAACAGCAGACAGACAGUUCGCGUUUAGCUGGUGAACAUAGUGGAGCAUUUAGCAGCUAGAGCCAGAUCUUUUUCUCAGUAGUUGGUGGAGACCAAAACAGAGCUAAGUAUUGAGUGAAAGUGAGUAUUGGACUUCAGUUCAUCAGGUGGACACCAACACGACUUCAAAUGAAUGCUAAUGUUGCUCUAUUAGUAAAUAGACAACUUAGAGCUAACAUGCUAGCCCAAACCACUUAUAAGUUGUAUUAAAUUCUGGUUUCAGCCCCACCCAGCUUUUAAGACACUGGUCCUUUUAAUCUCCAAACCUAUUUUGUUUGUUUAGUAUAGCUUUCAUUUUCUGAUUAGUUAGUAAAGGCUUGGGCUACACCCUAACUAUCAUCAAGUGGGUGGCUAACAAGCUAAAAGAAAGACAUUUGUCGGGUUUUUUUUAAGGCAUUCUGGAAAAUGUAAGAAAUCACAUCUUACAGCAAAAGUAGAGGACGCAGGCCGUACAGGAAGUCAGUAUGUAGCAGUGGAACAACUGUUUACACCCUAAACUGCUGCAUGGCCUUCAGCUACUGUUCCACACAACAGGUAGGCUACAUGAUGACUUCAGAAAAUCUUUUAUGACAUGUAUUAUAUGUCCUUUUGUUCCUGGAAUGAGAUUGAGUUGCUAAGUAUUUGACCGUGUCCCAGCCCAUUAUAUCUUUUAUGUUAAUGAUUAAAAUACACAUGGCUCUAAGUGGAAAUGUUGAUUAAUAAAUCAGUAUUUUUAGUGAGCAGAGUGCUUUCACACUCGGUAAUGAUUAAAUAUACAUAUUUAAUGAACCCUGUGUUCAUAAAGACCAUGUUUAUAAUAUACAGCAGUGUAAUUCACAUUUCAAGUACUUUAAGUAAAGUGUUACUCAGGUCUUUGGCUGCACGAGAGUCGGAAUGAUAAAAUCAGAACCAGUAGUGAGUUUUCUUCUCCUCACUCAGAUGACUGACAUUUUGGCUGCAUCUGUAGUUUUUGGUGAAUCAAAGUAAGUCAUCUGUCGGAUUUCAACCCUUUACUUGACCCAUUAAAGUAUUCAUAUUUGUGUACCAUACGCUGAUUCAGGCUUUUAAACAUGAUAUGAAGAUGUGUAAUAUAUUGAAGGAAUGCUAUAAUAUUCAGUAUUGUUUUAUUUCAUCAGUGUUGUAUGUUGUUUAAUAUAUCUUAAAGACAUAAAGGAAUUUUAGAUAUUUGAUGGUAAGGUAGCUGGAAGACCUGACCAAUAAAAAUGAAUAAUAAACAAACCGUAA